AUGCUUCCCCGUCUCCCGAUGGAGCACGUGGCGGCAAGACUGCUCUUGCUCGUGCUCGCGAUCUCGCGUCUCGAGCCGGCUGAUGUUUCUGCGCCCAGCCUAGCAGGACGGAGGCAGAAGCAUGGAUUCUUCCAUGCGUAUCCCCUUGGAGACUUGAAAGACGAAGAUGGGGCGGUAUCCACCAUCAAGCUCGACAUCGAGGGCGGCAACUCAAGUCUUCUGCCAUGGUUGAACUCCGCCCAGGACGGGAUGAACGAGGGUCGUUAUCUGGAAGCAGCACGAUGCUACGAGAACGCCCUUCGCAUCUCCCCAGGGCUUCCUCUAGCUGCGAACAACCUUGCAUACAUCCAGGCAGUGCACUGGAAGAACCUGACGGGGGCGGAGGGAGCCAUCCGCUCGAUGAUACCGUUCAACUCUUCUUUGGCUCCUCUGCUGAACCUUGCCAGCAUUCUUUGGCACAGGCAAGCUUUCUGCGAGCCUGCACUUGACUUUCGCUGA